CAGAGCGAGACUCCAUCUCAAAAAAUAAAAGAGAAUUGGGAAGUGAUAGGGGCCUGCACAGACUGCUUUUCUUACCUCCUACCCCCCAACCCCAAAGAACUUUUUGUUCUCUCCACCUGAAUAUGUAUGGAACUCAGGCGACAGGUCUGGGCUAGAGACAAAGAUAAUAGCUACAUUCACUGAGUACUUAGAAAUGUGGUGGUGUCAUGCUAAUAACUUUACAUGUGCUCAUUUAACCCCCACUUGUUAGGAAAACUGCAGUUAUAUUGUUCCCAUUUUAUUGAUGAGGUUUUUUCAGGGCAGAGAGGUUGCUUAAUAGGCCCAGGACUCAAGGGCUAGUAAGCAGUGGAGCAGGAUCUAAACCCAAGGGGCCAACCCCAGAGGCCCUCCCUCUCAGCCAAUGUGCUUUAUUGCCCCAAUAAAGCACAAAUCUGCAUACAAAUAGGAAUUGAUAAGGGAUGGUCCGUUGUUACCAUCCAAACCAGGACUCUUAAGGGUUUGGGGUGCUACUAAUCAUUCUGGGAAAACAGGCGGAAACCAGAACUGUUUGGGGCAAAUAGGAACAUAUGGUUACCUCACUUCCUGACACUCUGAAAAUGAGGAUAAGAAUGUUGAAGAAGAGAAGAAAGGACUCCUUCAGUGGCCUUGAGAAAGACCAGGAAGGGAGGGAGAAAUAAGAAAAAGAGAGAGAAGAGAGAGAAAGACCAACAUUUGGGGAACCACAAGAGAAAGAUAAACCCUCAAAAGGUACUAGGGAAGGACAAGAUACAAGGGUGUCACAAAUACGUGGACUUGAGGGCUGGGUUUCUCAGAGGAAGCAGUCAGUCGUGCCCCCACCCCUCAUACUGUAAGAACCAAAAAGUGGCCACUGAAAGGAGCAACAAGGAAGUAAUCGGUGAUUUACUAACAAACAUUCCUUUACUUUGAUGCAGUCAGAGCCAAAUUGAAGUAAACGGAGGAGUGAAUGGGAGGUGGGGCCCAGACCUAGACCCAGUCAGUGCAAGCAAGUUUUGUUUUUAAAUGUGGCCUUGGAGCGGAGGCAAAAGAUAGGACUGUCCUGGAGGUGGAGUCAAAGAUGUUUCCUUUCUUUUUCAAAGCAAGAAGCUAGAAUGUGUUUAAUGCUAAAAAGAAGGAUCCAAGACAAGGAGGGUAAAGAAAAUGCAGAAUGCAAAUUAUCCCCUCACUGGGGGAUAUCCGGGAGAAAAGUCCCUGAGCUGCUGAGGAAGCUUUACGCCUAAGAAGCCAUCCGCAGACCCACCCUGUGCAAAGGAAGGAGCUAGGCCGUGCGCCCUGGGCGUCAUGAUCCUCCUGCGGGCCUCCGAAGUGCGGCAGCUGCUCCACAAUAAGUUCGUGGUCAUCCUGGGGGACUCUGUGCAUAGGGCGGUGUACAAGGACCUGGUACUUCUGCUGCAGAAGGACUGCCUGCUCACUCCCCAGCAGCUCAAAGCAAAGGGGGAGCUGAACUUCGAACAAGAUGAGCUGGUGGACGGAGGCCAGCGCGGCCGCAUGCACAACGGCCCUAACUACCGUGAAGUUCGCGAGUUCCGCUCCGACCACCAUCUGGUGCGUUUUUACUUCCUCACCCGCGUAUACUCUGACUACCUCCAGACCAUCUUGAAAGACCUGCAGUCGGGCGAGCAUACCCCCGACCUGGUCAUCAUGAAUUCCUGCCUCUGGGAUAUCUCCAGGUAUGGUCGGAACUCCUGGUGGAGCUACCUGGAAAACCUGGAGAACCUGUUCCAGUGCCUGGGCCAGGUGCUGCCCGAGUCUUGCCUCCUGGUGUGGAACACGGCCAUGCCUGUGGGCGAGGAAGUCACCGGGGGUUUCCUUCCGCCCAAGCUCCGGCAGCAGAAGGGCACCUUCCUGAAAAACGAAGUGGUCGAAGCCAACUUCUACAGCGCCACCGAGGCACGUAAACAUAACUUCGAUGUACUGGACUUGCAUUUUUACUUCCACCACGCGAGGGAGAACCUGCACUCGGACGGGGUGCACUGGAAUGGACGCGUGCACCGCUGCCUCUCCCAGCUGCUGCUGGCCCACGUGGCUGACGCCUGGGGUGUGGAGUUGCCCCAGCGCCAUCCUGUGGGCGAGUGGAUCAAGAAGAAAAAACCUGGCCCGAGAGUUGAAGGGCCGCCCCAGGCCAACAGAAAUCACCCGGCCUUACCUCUGUCCCCACCCUUACCUUCCCCCACAUACUGCCCCCUGCUUGGGUUGCCACCUCAGCGAUUGCCGCUGCUCCCGCUCCUGCCCCCACAGCCUCCUCCUCCCAUUCCCCUUCACCAGGGAAUGCCCCGGUUCCCACAGGGUCCCCCAGAUGCCUGUUUUUCCUCAGACCAUACUUUCCAGUCAGAUCAAUUCUAUUGCCAUUCAGAUGUCCCCUCAUCAGCCCAUACAGGUUUCUUCUUCCAAGACAACUUUGCGAUUGGUCCCCAGCUGCCUAUGCCCUUCUUCCCCACACCCCGUUAUCAGCGGCCUGCCCCUGUGGUCCAUAGGGGUUUUGGCAGGUAUCGUCCCCGUGGCCCCUAUGUGCCCUGGGGACAGCGGCCUAGACCUUCAAAGAGAAGGGCCCUAGCCAACCCAGAGCCAAGGCCUCAAUAGAUGGACCUAGGCCUUAUUUCCUCUUUAUGAGCAUGGAUUGGACAGAUCUGACACUUCCUUUCCAUUGCUUGGCCUGGACAGACUGACCUUGUUAACUUAAGCCUGGAGUCCAUGCCUGGUCUUUUUGUUCAUUGCUAUUACCAAGAAAGCCAAGGAGGAGCAGUCUGACUCAUUCUUCUUGGCUGCAGCCUCUUCCCCACUUCCUGGGGGUGACCCAGCAUUAUUCCUGCCUCCCCACUCUAUUCUCUUUGCCUUUGUGUAAAACUAAAAUUGAAAUAAAGAAGUUGCACAAAAGUA